CCCGCCCCGCCCCGCCCCGCCCAAGAUAUAAGGUGCGGCGCAGGCGGCGGCCGCUCCAAGCCCCGACGCCCCUUGCCCGCGUCCCCAUGGCCCGGCCCGCGACGCUGGCGGCCUCCGCCCUGGCGCUGUGUUUGCUGCUGGCGCCACCCGGCCGCGCGUGGUACAAGCAGGCGGCCGGGCCCAGCUACUACUCGGUGGGCCGCGCCGCGGGGCUGCUGUCCGGCUUGCGCAGGUCCCCGUACGCGCGGCGCUCCGAGCUCUCCGUCGGGGGGACAGCCCCGGCGGCCGCCGCCACCGUCCCGGAGCUGCGCCCCAGCCUGCGGAGCCUCGCCGUGUGUGUCAAGGACGUCACCCCGAACUUGCGGAGCUGCGAGCGACUCCCCGACGGCCGCGGGACCCUCCAGUGCAAGGCGGACGUCUUCCUGUCCCUGCGCGCAGCCGACUGCCGCGGGGCGUGAGCCCCUCCUGACGCCGGGACCUCGCCUGGCCCCCCCACUGCCCACCCCCGUGACGCCACUGUCCCGCUGGGGGUCCCCCAGACCCUUUCGGGCACGGGAUGGCGCCCCAACUGCUACUCUCCUACGCCACCCCACCCGCAGUA